AUGACGAGUAACAAACAAGGAUUUCACACAGCCCUUGCCGUUUCCAACAUCAAGAAUCAUGUCUCUAUUGUUCUUGAGUUGGAAAACGUUCAAUACACGAAUGAGGUGGAGUUGUUCAAGAUCUAUGUUUGUUCUCAUCGGGUCCUUCAUCACAUCAUCCCAUCGAUCCCUGUUCUACCGCCGCCAUCGACGGAUGAAGAGAAAGAUAUACGGCUAACUCUCGAUGCUACUGUCUUUCAGUGGAUCUAUACCACAAUCUCACAGGAUCUUCUUCAUACGAUCUUGGAACCAGACUCUACAGCCGAGCAAGCCUGGACAUGGCUACAUGGGAUUUUUCAAGAUAACCGUCAUUCUCGUGUGGUUUCCCUCAAGCAAAAGUUUUCCACCACUAUCAUGAUAGAUUUUCCUGGGGUCUCGGCUUAUUGUCAACGUCUCAAAGUCCUGGCCGAUCAGUUAAAGUGCGUCGGUAGCCCAGUCUCGAACGACCGCCUCGUAUUGCAGUUGGUCGCGGGCCUUGCGGAGGCGUACAACGGGGUGGUAACGUUACUCUAG